CCGGGAUAUCAUGCCAUCAAGGACACGCAUUCUUAAAUCUGCAUCAAAUUUGUAUCUGCAAAAGCGAGAACUUAACCUGCAUGGGGAGAUUCGGUUUGUUGAUUAAGCGGUUGUAACGUAAUUUGACGUGGAUGUACUUUUAGAGAGAGGAGAGAUCGGGGCUACGCGACAGGGCUAGGACUAAGUUUUGCGGACGUUUGGCCGGAGGAGGUCUGGAUCGAAAAGACUGUAGGCCAGUUCUGUUAGCGCCUGGAAGGGUUACAAAUCUCACGUUCUACGCAUGACGUGGUAGUUAGCGAUCCGACAAGAAAGAUGCUUCUACGUUGGCGGUGUUGCGGUACUGACAUCUCCGCCAUCCGGUUCUGUUGGUUAUUUGCCGAAAAAGAAGAAGGCGAUCAAUGAAUGGCGAGGGCUGUACGUUCGUUCGUCCGAUGUUCACCCGAUAUCUACAAAGGACGAACAGCCAGCACCUCGUCCCUCCCCCUCGGCCUCCAACGGUUCGUUCCGCGGAAGGACCCUCGGGACCCUCGGGACCCUCGGAGCCUUGCUCCUCACUCCUCCGCCGCGCGCCUCGAUCGCGCUCGGACUUUGGCCCUCGUCAAUCUCUCCAGCCAUGACGCGACGUCGAGCGAGCGGGCAGCCCCGUGCGAGCCCCAAAGCGGCACCAGGAUUUCGUCUUUGCUUCACGGGAAAGUCUACAGCGCAGCAGAGAAGCGCAGCGCUCUUUUCCUGGGCACCUACUCUUUUGGCUGCACUGCGACUUCCUUCGUCCUCCGGGAUCGCCAUCAUUGAGCGUGAUGCCCUCACCCUUCACGGAGCUCGACCUGAAGCGGUUGUUUCGCUUCGUGCGUCUUCUCUUAUUUAACGAUCCGGUAGGUGUUUAGGGCCACCGCAUCGGUGGAAAGCCAGACUCGCUCUUUACGCUUAGUUUGGUUUUAGUUUGUUUGCGAUCCGGACGGCUCUUCGUCGACCCAAGUCCUGCUCAUCGUCUUCCUUUCUGUCUUCUCCCUCUUUCGAUCUCAUCAUUAUUGCGCGAGAGCGCCCGAUAUCGCAGCGUCCUGUUCGUUCACGGAGAUUGAGCUUGGAGUGCAAGUCAGACUGUGUGAUAUAACUGGUAGGUUAAAUAACGUACCCGCAAUAUUCUUUCAACGCUGGGGGCUGAAGCAAUUCAUGCGUUGUGAUUUCGGUCGGAUUCGGGUCCUGUUUGCCCAUGAGCGCCAACAAACCCAACAUGGCCAUCAAGUGAAUUCCACUCCGCCUGCACCCGAAGUGAUAGCGUAACCUACUACGUACUUCUACGGUGGUACUGAACCGGCUCACGCCUCACAACUUGCAUUCCUUGGUUGAUGGGAAGCAAAUGCAAUGCUUCGGCCUCGAGGGUUGGGCAGUUGGUUGGUUCGGUGAGAAUGGGGUAGACCCGUGAAUUGGAAGUAACGACAGAGAGACAGUUCCUUUGUCAUUGGAGGUGCACGCAUUGUGCAUUGAGGAGUGCUGUGGUUCGGAGGGAAAGAUCCUCCGAUCUUUCAAAGCACAUAGACAAAAAAAAAUGUGUUCACAUGUCUCCAGCGUAAAAAUUUUGGAUUGUCUGACUGACUCGCGCUGACAGGCGAUGAGGGUGAGUCAUCAUGUUUUUUUAAGACUUUUCAAGGGAAUCGUUCGUUUCCCUUGUGAUUCGGGUAAGGUGAGAUCCAGUGUAGUGCGGAUGACAUUCAAGUCCAAACGAACUGAUAUCACUGCCCGUGACAAGGGAAUUCUAACCGAAUAGAAUCAUUGUGGUUUCUAGUUGCCCUCCGCGCUCUCUCUUUCUCUCUCCUGCUCCGGCAAUAAAACAGUUACGCUUGCUUGUUUGAUCACAAGGACGAGCACUUCGGCAUUUAUCAUGUCCUGUAUCUAGAGUCCAUGGCCUUCUGCUUCCAGCCCGGUUACCCGGCCCCUUUGUUCUCGCAGCUGCAGUGGAGUCAGUCAAUGGUCAGAGAAACAACAGUCGCUAUGCAUGUCUUGUCAAUCUUCCCUCACUCGAAUUUAAUUCUUCCCGCUGAAAGUGCCAUACAUUGCACAUGUAAUGGUACCAUUACAUUCGUCCCAUUACGUUCUCCGGAAGAAAACUGAUUCUAGACGCUUGGUGUAACUUGAGCUCGGCCUGGGAAGCCGUUUGGUCUCCCCAUGAGUUGGCUCAAAACAUAGCCAAAAUUGAUGUGUGGAGAUACUCAUUCAACAGGAUUUGAGAUGCUCUGCGAAUUUCACCAUCAUGCUGCAUCAUAGUUUGUCAUUGUGAUGCACAUGUGUAUCUGUGUCUGUGGGUUUGGUGUUUGGGCUCACGCAAUGUUCGCGUGUGAGGAGCAUUAUGGUACAUCAGUUUCCCAGCCAGCCAUCAACUUUCCGUUUUGCAUACAGUACAGCACUAUCGUAGCUAUUAUGAAAUGAUUAUUCUACAAGAUAUUACAAAAGACAAGAAGCCUGCACCUCUAACCAUCUGCAAGAAUUGAUCUUUAAUUGGGGCAUACACACACAGAGUUUUCCUCGACAUGGAGGAAACUUCUGGUUGUCACAUCUUUGAUCAUUAGAAAACCGAGUAAUAUAGCAAAAAGGACCUCAUCAAGUCGUACAAGACAAGCCGCAGGGCCUGGUGAUCACGAGUUCAGAUGCAGAUUUUAUGUGCAGUCAGUGGGUUACACACUCAAGGGUAUGUAUCUAACAACAAAGGCUAACGUAUCUGCGAGCCGAGAUUCUCACCAUUGGGUAUUCGCCAUCCAUCCUCAGCAGUACAAGGCCUGGAAACUUCACUCUCUGAGGUCCAAGAGCUGCCGAUACAACUGACACCCACACGGUCAUCAUUGCGGAAAGGUUGGAUGGAAUAAUGCCAGGUUCAACCACAAGGAUGCUGGCCGGUUACCGAGCCAGCAGUUGCUAGAAGCUCGAACACGAGGCAUUUGAACUCGGCCUUAGAAUGUCUGGACUCCGGUUCUCAUCCAAGACGGUGGACGGUGGACCUAGCAAAUAGAGACAGCUAGAUGAAAGUGAGGCGUUUCAAGUCCCCUUGGGAUUCCGUCCGUCCUCUAGCUGUGUGUGCCUGUCUGGUGGGGCUGAGUUUUGCCCAUCUCCUCGCAUGUUACUCUGCUCCCCUAGUCACUCGCUAGUCUCUACUCUACUCUACUCUAGCGUAUCGUAUCGUGAUCGCUCGAGCGGAUUCUGAAUUCAGCUGGGUUCUGUUCGGUUGGACCGCGUUCAGACUGACCAUGAACUGGGUUAAUCCAUAUCGUGCAUGACUGGACUGGGAUAGAAGGCAUGCCAUGUCUAAAUCGUAUAUCGUAAAGUUUCGAAAGAAGCAACUUGCAACUUGCUCUGACAGUAUAUUUAGUGCUGCUGCCCAGUCAGCGCGUAAACGCAAAGGUAGGGAGGGCCUUUCUGGUGCCUUUCUCACUUUCCGUCCUUCUUUGGAUCCUUUCCUACAGAAAGGGACCUUCUACAGUACUGUACGAGUGGAGAGAGAGAGAGAGAGAGAGAGAGUGUGAGAGUGUGUGUAUGGGAGGAGAGAGAGACCCAGAGAGAGAACUCAAAGAAGUGAAUAAGGAGUGUAUUUCUGAUGGCGACUCAUAAAGGGAAGAAACUUCUUAAAUUACACGGGACUCCUACUACUUGAUGAGAGAUCAUAUGAAACGUCAUCUGUCGACGACAGACAUGACAUUUACGCUGGUCCUUGCCAUUGGCUGCCGAUGGCAGGCUCUUUCUGCCUCAGCUGAGAAGCAGUCAAUGAUCGGAAUUGAAUUUCAGAAAUGCAGCUUGGAUGUCGACGUUGUCAGGCACAGAGACGGGUUGGAGAUAUAUAUAUAUAUAUAUAUAAUAUUAGUUUGUGAAGCACUUCACUCGUUUCAAAUAACACCUUGACGUCCCAGCCUACCAUGCUGCCCUGCUCCCUCACGAUAGAGCUAUGAAGUGAGGUGAGGGGACGGGAGGGGAGGGGAACCAUGAAUAAUUUUCCCAGACUCCCAGUUGCUUUCGUGAGAUUGACGUAUUCGACACAGCAGUCAUAAGUUUCGGAUUAUACAGAUAGAUACUUUCAGUCCAUGGCGGCAAUUCUAUCUGUUGUAUGGCAUACGCGCCUCAAUCUAGCUAAUAUUUAUCUAUCGAUGCCUGCCAGUCCGAGGGCGUGAUGCUCAUUGUAUAUUCCAUUCGUCCGGUAGUGCUUUGCAAUUCACGACAAUGAAGUGUCGUAGGGGCUCCAUCGACAGGGUAUGACCUGUCAUGAAUGUGCUUUUCUCUAAGCACAACUGUUUGUUUGGUCUCCAUCGCAGCCAUGGCCAAGAAGCUAGAAACAGGUGCGGGUAUCGACCUCAUCGUUACAGAACUGUGCAUGCAUUGGACAGUCGGGAUCGAUACAAACGAUCUGACUCGGGGAACGUGUCUGAGCGCUGAUUGAAUGCGCCAGUCUGGCUCAAUUUGGUGCCAGGGCCUCUGUGGGCGACUCCGCGGUCCUUAGCAAGACCAAUAUAGCAAUCACAUGAAGGCUUGAGUAUUUGCCACUCCUACUGCUCAUGUGCACGAGUGGCGGGCGGGGUGGCGCUGGGAUUUUUCAGGCCUCCUCCGGCCUCUUGGCAGGCCCCAAUUCGGUGCCCCUCGUCCAGCCUGGCCGAGCCUCGCGAGCCCCGGCCGAGCUUCGACGCAUCGGCUGACCGCCCCCCCGCACCAUUUAUCGCUUUUGACAUUUUCUUCGUGCUGCACUCACUGCGCGCACGAGCCCGCCUCCGCCUUUGCCAUCUAUAUAUUCCUCCGCAGUCCGCGUGAAGUCCGAUGUACG